CCUCAUUCCAUUUGCUCAUCUGUUCUUUUCCCUUUCUACCAACUCUUGCCCUCGCUAAUAACUCCUAUCUUCAGACAAUCACCAUCUCUCAAAACCUCAUUUCAUUCUAUUCCAUUUCUUCAUUCUCUCAAUAACCCUCCAAAUUUCUAGAGAACAAUAUGUGCGGAAUUUUUGCUUAUCUCAACUAUCUGACCGAAGUCGACCGUCAAACUAUUGCCGAUAUUCUUACUAAUGGUCUCAAGCGUCUCGAGUACCGUGGAUAUGACUCUGCUGGUCUUGCCAUUGAUGGCGAUGGUGAGAAGGAGGUUUUGAUCUACAAGCAGGUCGGAAAGGUUGCUGCCCUCCAGAAGCUCAUUGAGGAACAGAAAUCGAUCAAUUGGGAAAAGACUUUCACUUCUCACUGUGGUAUGGCUCAUACCCGCUGGGCCACUCACGGUCAGCCUUCACCUAUCAACUCCCACCCUCACCGUUCAGAUACCAAGAACGAAUUCACUGUCGUCCACAACGGUAUCAUUACCAACUACCGCGAGCUCAAGCUUGUCCUCGAGAAGAAGGGUUAUACCUUUGAGAGCGAGACCGAUACCGAGGCCAUUGCCAAGUUGGCCAAGUACAUCUGGGACUCUCAGAAGGGCAACAAGCAGUUGACCUUCACUGAUCUCGUCAAGGGUGUUGUCAAGGAGUUGGAGGGAGCUUUCGCCAUGAUCUUCAAGAGUGUACACUUCCCCAAUGAGGUUGUUGCCACUCGCCGUGGAUCUCCUCUUCUGAUUGGUGUCAAGACCCCUAAGAAGCUCAAGGUCGACUUUGUCGAUGUAGAGUUUGGUGGAAUUGCCGAAGAGAUCCCAAGUGUUGAGGGUAAAACAGAGAGCUUGAACACUCUUGAGGUGCCUCAGCUUCGUCGCAGCGAGUCCCGUGCUUUCUUGAGCGAGGACGGUAUGCCUCAGCAGAUUGAGUACUUCUUGGCCUCAGAUCCCUCUGCUGUUGUCGAACACACCAAGACCGUCCUCUACCUUCUCGACGACGAUAUCGCCAACAUCCGUGAGGGCGAGCUCCGCAUUCACCGUCUCCGCCGUGAUGAUGGCAUCUCUUCAAUCCGUUCCAUCCAGACCUUGGAGAUCGAAUUGGCCGAGAUCAUGAAGGGCUCCUUCGACCACUUCAUGCAGAAGGAGAUCUACGAACAGCCCGACUCUGUCGUCAACACCAUGCGUGGCCGUGUCAACUUUGAUACCCACAAGAUCACUCUUGGAGGUCUCAAGUCAUAUCUUCCCACCAUCCGCCGCUGCCGCCGCAUUGUAUUCAUUGCUUGUGGAACCAGCUACCACAGUGCUUUGGCUACCCGCGCCAUCUUUGAGGAACUGACCGAGAUCCCCGUUUCGACCGAGUUGGCAAGCGACUUUUUGGAUCGCAAGACUCCCAUCUUCCGUGACGAUGUUUGCGUUUUCAUCUCUCAGUCUGGUGAGACUGCUGACACCAUUUUGGCCAUGAGAUACUGCUUGGAGCGCGGAGCUCUCUGCGUUGGUGUCACCAACACUGUCGGAAGCUCAAUCUCCCGUGAGUCCCACUGUGGUGUCCACAUUAACGCUGGUCCCGAAAUCGGUGUUGCAUCCACCAAGGCCUAUACCUCCCAAUACAUUGCCUUGGUCAUGAUUGCCAUCCAGUUGUCUGAGGAUCGUACAUCGAUGACAGCACGCCGCAAUGAGAUCAUUGACGGUCUUCAUGCCCUUCCAACACACAUCAAGGAGGUUUUGGCUAUUGAUCAGGAGUUGCAGCGCCUUGCCAAGGAUGUCUUGCACAAGGAGAAGAGCUUGUUGAUCAUGGGUCGUGGAUUCCAGAACGCCACCUGCUUGGAGGGAGCAUUGAAGAUCAAGGAGGUGUCAUACAUGCACAGCGAGGGUAUUCUGGCUGGUGAGCUCAAGCACGGACCCUUGGCUCUUGUGGAUGAGAACAUGCCAGUAAUCUUGAUCAUGACACGCGACUCUUUGUACCCCAAGGUCCGCUCGGCAUUGGAGCAGGUUGCAGCCAGAAAGGGUCAGCCCAUCAUUAUUUGCAACAAGGGCGACGACGCAAUCAGCGCCGACUUUAAGACGAUCCGUGUUCCUCAGACAGUGGACUGCCUCCAAGGUCUGUUGACGAUCAUCCCUCUCCAACUCCUCUCGUACCACCUCGCUUGCCUUGCUGGAGUUGAUGUUGAUUUCCCCCGUAACUUGGCCAAGUCCGUCACCGUCGAGUAA